AUGCCAACGCCCCCACGCAAUGAGCGGUUGAGGACCGAGAAGGCCAGACAGGCCCAGCUCUGUCCGGGCUGUGGGGUGCCCACGCAGCGCAGCGAGGGUUGUCGGAAGAUCACCUGCGUCUGCGGCCGCGUUUGGGAAUGGGAAGGUGUGGAAGGCGACGAAAGUAGCGAUGAGGAAGGCGCUUUCUCGGAGGAUUCCGGUCCUGAGGACGAUCUCCAACAAGCGCAAACUGCCGUAAACCUCGUGGCAAUGAACAACAAGGUACAGCGGUCGCAGCUUCUGUCAAGGACCACACCAGAACUGCCUAAAGAUGUAGGGACCCCUGGGGGUUAG